UAAAAAGAACAGCUGAUGAGAAAUAUUUUAUAAAAAAUAUGCAGCUACGUAUUCUAACAGAUGGUGGCAAUAAAGAGCCAGUAUAUUGGUUGUCUGGAUGAAAAUGGAGAAGAAGUAGUAGUAGAAGAAGAAGAAGAAAAAUAAUAGUAGUAGAAGAAGAAGAAUCUCUUCUCUGUUGUCACCGGAAGAUUUAUAAUUCGAGCCUCUUACAAUUGUUGGAAGUUUUUUAACACAGGUUCAGAAUGUCCGAACGAAAAGUUUUGAACAAAUACUAUCCCCCGGAUUUCGACCCCUCGAAAAUCCCCAAGCUAAAGCUACCUAAAGACCGUCAGUAUGUUGUGCGAUUGAUGGCCCCAUUCAACAUGAGGUGCAAGACCUGCGGUGAGUACAUAUACAAGGGGAAAAAGUUCAACGCUCGGAAAGAAACAGUACAAAAUGAGCACUACAUGGGACUGCCCAUUUUCCGAUUUUACAUCAAAUGCACAAGAUGCCUGGCUGAGAUCACUUUCAAGACGGACCCAGAGAACACGGACUAUGCAAUGGAGCAUGGUGCCACACGAAACUUUCAAGCAGAGAAGCUGAUUGAGGAGGAAGAGAAGAAGAUACAGAGGGAGCGGGAGGAAGAGGAGCUGAACAAUCCCAUGAAGGUCCUGGAGAACCGAACGCGGGACUCAAAAAUGGAGAUGGAGGUUCUGGAGAACCUGCAGGAACUGAAGGAGCUGAACCAGCGGCAGGCGCAGGUGGACUUUGAGGGCAUGCUGGGUCAGUACCGCGACUUGGAGCAACAGCAGCGGCAGAGAGAGGUGGAGGAGGAUGAGCGCGAGACCAAGGAGAUGCUGGAGAGAGCCCUGGUGAAAAGACUGAGGGACUCUGACUCCGACUCCGACCAGGACGAGGAGAAAGAGAAGUCAGCAGUGAAGAAGCUCGCUGCAGAGCGGCCCACUGACAUCCUCACAACUGCAAACAGCACAGACAUCCAGGGGAGCACUGCGCCGGUGAAGCGGGUGCAGCCAGAGACCUGGGAGCGAAGUGUUGGAGGCUUGGGGGCCAAAGCUGUGCUGGGCUCCCUGGUGGUCAGGAAGAAGCCCGCUGCCUCAAAGUCCAGCAGCAGCAGCAGCACACCGUUUGGGCCCAGCAUUCCGCAGACAGAGAUGAAGACUGCAGCCCCUUCCAGCAGCAACACACAACCAGCAGCCCUGCAAAGCGGCUCCCCAGCGAUCUAG